CGCCCGAAAAACAGCAUGCUGGAGGUCUUUUGUUGUCCGCUCAUCGCCGCCAGCCGGCAGGAACAAGGCCAAACAUGAAGUCCGUCACAUAAGAGGCAGCUUUCAGAGGUAUCUCAAGUGUCCGCGGCUGCUGGAAAAGGCUUAAUAGGGACCUGCCUGCCUCCACUGAACCACAAAGGAGGGGAGAGAGAGACACACACACACACACACACAGGACCAGGUGCUCAGGAUGACCGGGGUGCCGAGGAAGCGGAGCAGCAGCAGCAGCAGCAGCCUGAGGCGGGCCAGUGAGUCGAAGGAGUCCGCAGACCCCCAGCAGGACGCCGGGAAGGAUGCAGGAGGAAGCUCCGGAGUGGCUCUGAAAAAGCAAAUCGGUCUGGUCAGCGCCUGUGGCAUUAUAGUGGGCAACAUCAUCGGAUCAGGGAUUUUUGUGAGUCCUAAGGGGGUCCUAGAGAAUGCCAGCUCAGUGGGUGUGGCCGUCAUUGUGUGGGUCACCACUGGAGUCAUCACAGCCAUCGGUGCCCUCUGCUAUGCAGAGUUGGGUGUGACCAUCCCCAAGUCAGGAGGAGAUUAUUCUUACGUCAAGGACAUCUUUGGAGGAUUGGCUGGGUUCCUGCGUCUGUGGAUUGCAGUGUUGAUUAUCUACCCCACCAAUCAGGCUGUGAUCGCUCUCACCUUCUCCAACUACAUCCUGCAGCCACUCUUUCCCUCCUGCCUUCCCCCAGGGACUGGCCUACGUCUGCUGGCUGCCGUCUGCCUGCUGUUGCUGACGUGGGUGAAUUGCCACAGUGUGCGCUGGGCCACAUGUGUCCAAGAUGUCUUCACCGCUGGGAAGCUUUUGGCCCUGGGACUCAUCAUAAUCACGGGUCUUGUCCAAAUAUGCAAAGGUCACUAUUACUGGUUGGAGCCAGAACACGCCUUUGAGACCUUCAGAGACUAUGAGGUCGGCCUGAUAGCUCUGUCCUUUCUACAAGGCUCAUUUGCAUACGGAGGCUGGAAUUUCCUCAACUACGUCACGGAGGAGUUGGUCGACCCAUACAGGAAUCUACCGCGUGCAAUCUACAUCUCUAUCCCUGUGGUUACCUUCGUUUACGUGUUUGCCAAUGUGGCCUACGUCACGGCCAUGAGCCCCAAGGAGCUGCUUGCCUCCAAUGCUGUGGCAGUGACAUUUGGAGAGAAACUUCUAGGAGUAAUGUCAUGGAUUAUGCCCAUCUCUGUGGCCCUCUCCACCUUCGGUGGGGUCAAUGGCUCCCUCUUCACAUCGUCGCGGCUAUUUUUCGCUGGUGCGAGGGAAGGUCAUCUGCCUCGUCUGCUGGCCAUGAUUCACGUCGAGCGCUGCACUCCCAUCCCAGCUUUGCUGUUCACUUUGAUCUCCACUCUGCUGAUGCUGUGUACCAGUGACAUUUACACCCUCAUAAACUACGUGGGUUUCAUCAACUACCUCUUCUACGGCGUCACUAUCGCCGGGCAGAUCGUGCUGCGCAUUAAGGAGCCUGACAUGUAUCGACCAAUCAAGGUGAGCUUGGUAUGGCCCGUGAUCUACCUGCUGUUCUGGGCCUUCCUAUUGGUCUUUUCCCUUUACUCCCAGCCUUUAGUCUGUGGCAUCGGCCUGGCCAUCAUGAUGACCGGUGUGCCUGUAUAUCUUCUGGGAGUCUACUGGGAAAACAAGCCACCGGCCGUUGAUGUUGCUAUGGGUAAAAUCACACAUCUGUGCCAAAAGCUCUGUUCAGUGGUCUACCCAGUAAUGGAUGACAACCCAGAGAUGCAAGAGCCUCAGAAGGAUGUAGAUGGGGAAGAUGGAAAAAGCCCUCAAACGCAAGACUCGGCAUGUGCAUAAACAAUUUAUCACUGGAAAGGGAAGAAAGAACAUAACGUUUUCUUUAAGCGUUAUGCUCAUCUUUCUGAGAGUUAACUCUCCAAAAUGUUCUGCAGCACUGGACUUGAUUUGUUUUUGACUGGCCUCAAUCUUGUACACUAUUUCAUUGUAUGGACUGGGGCUAUUGGAGGUGUCACUUGAAGAAUCACUGUGCUUUUUUUUACUCACACCUCCCUUAUAUGUGUUAUGUAUUGUGAACUGGUUGUGUGUCUAGGAAGCAGUGGUAAAUGUAUUGUUUACUAUCACCUCACUGUAGUAACACUGAAAUGGAACUUUCCUGUUGGUUUAUUAGAUUUUAUUGAAUUCACUGUAUCCACUGCAUUUUCUGCUAAAUUAUAUUUAUUCUGUCAAAAUAGUUCCUUCCAAUACUCACAAAAAGCAUUAAGACUGAAGAAUUAAAAAAAAAAAAAAAAAAAAAAAAAAACCAUGAGGUCGGUCAUAUUGAGAAGCAUCUGCAUUAAGUGUCUUAUACUGGAAUGCAUAUGUAUAAUAUGGUGACAAUAAAACAGAUUUUUAUUUUUUUUUCCA